ACUGCUUCUCUUUCAUCAAAAGUUCUUUAAGGAAAAAAAAAAACGUCAAUGGCGUCGUCGUCGUUGUGUCAUCGCUAUUUUAACAAAAUCACUGUCACUCCCUUUUUUAACACUAAAAAACUCCAUCACUAUUCUCCGAGACGAAUCUCUCUUCGUGUAAAUCGACGAUCCUUCUCUAUCUCUGCAACUAUGUCUUCAUCUACUAAGAAGGUUUUGAUUCCUGUUGCUCAUGGUACGGAGCCGUUUGAAGCGGUGGUUAUGAUCGAUGUGCUACGGCGAGGCGGAGCGGAUGUUACGGUGGCUUCCGUUGAGAAUCAGGUCGGCGUUGAUGCUUGCCAUGGAAUCAAAAUGGUCGCUGAUACUCUUCUCUCUGAUAUCACCGACUCGGUUUUCGACCUUAUUAUGCUCCCUGGAGGACUUCCUGGUGGUGAGACUCUUAAGAAUUGUAAACCUUUAGAGAAGAUGGUGAAGAAGCAAGACACUGAUGGACGACUUAACGCUGCUAUCUGUUGUGCGCCGGCGUUGGCGUUUGGUACUUGGGGACUACUAGAGGGUAAAAAAGCUACAUGUUACCCGGUUUUUAUGGAGAAACUAGCGGCUUGUGCGACAGCUGUUGAGUCAAGAGUGGAAAUUGAUGGGAAGAUAGUGACCAGUAGAGGGCCUGGAACUACCAUGGAAUUCUCUGUCACGCUUGUGGAGCAACUUCUUGGGAAAGAGAAAGCUGUUGAAGUCUCUGGCCCCUUGGUGAUGCGUCCCAACCCUGGUGAUGAGUAUACUAUUACUGAGCUUAACCAAGUCAGCUGGUCAUUCGAGGGUACCCCACAGAUUCUUGUACCCAUUGCAGAUGGCUCGGAGGAAAUGGAAGCUGUUGCUAUCAUUGAUGUCCUGAAGCGGGCAAAAGCAAAUGUUGUCGUAGCUGCGCUUGGUAACAGUUUGGAAGUGGUAGCAUCUCGGAAAGUCAAGCUGGUGGCAGAUGUGCUUCUCGACGAGGCUGAAAAGAAUUCGUACGAUCUGAUUGUGUUGCCUGGUGGUCUCGGCGGUGCUGAAGCAUUUGCAAGUUCGGAGAAGCUAGUGAAUAUGUUAAAGAAGCAGGCGGAAUCAAACAAACCAUAUGGAGCAAUUUGUGCCUCUCCUGCUCUGGUGUUUGAGCCACAUGGUUUACUCAAGGUACGAGAGUAAUCACAAUAGCACACACAUUUGCUUAGAUGUGUAGGAUCAUUACUAUAUAUCCGAUGGCAUGGAGUAUUCUGUUAUCAAACCGUUAUUUUUGCACUUAAAACUAAGGGAAGGGUCACAAUUUUUAAUGGAUUUUUUUACAGGGUAAGAAGGCAACAGCGUUUCCAGCAAUGUGCAGCAAACUGACGGACCAGAGUCACAUCGAGCAUCGAGUCUUGGUGGACGGCAAUCUCAUAACGAGCAGGGGUCCAGGAACCUCAUUGGAGUUUGCACUUGCAAUUGUAGAGAAGUUUUACGGGCGCGAGAAAGGACUUCAGCUCUCAAAGGCAACACUUGUGUAAACUCAUGAGUAUCUUAGGUAAGAGUGACUUUAAUAAGAAAAAGGCUUUAGUAUCAAACGAUCAAUGAGUGUACCGUUGUUGUGGUGAGCUUUGUACUAAGUGUGAUGCUUAAAACUGUCUUAUAAAUAAACGAGUUUACUCUGUUUUUAUCAGAAAGUUUUUUUGUUACUUUACAUUGCGAAUUUUAGAAUAUAAGAAAGUGCUGAACAAAAAGAA